UUCUUUUCCCUUCGUUUUCUCUAAACGCUCUAAAUACUUAGUUAUAUAUUUUGCUUUACCAGUACGAACAUUUCAGGGUGUCUGGUUCUUGGAGUUGGACUUGUUCUUCUUGGGGUUUCAUUGCCAAAAAAUAUGAGCAGCGGGAGUAGAGAAGAUGAAGAAGAUCUGUUUGCGGAGGCGUCAAAGGCUGUGGAUUUGCUCUACAACAUUCGGGACACGUACUUCCCCACGAACCCAGAUGAGAAAACCUCCAAACUCCUCACGGAAUCAAAUCUUGCCCUCCAGCUGCUGGAUAAAAUACCCCCAGAACAAAGGAAAACGCCGAUGCAAAGAGCAACUUAUGAAUAUUUGAGAGGGAAAGUAUUGGAUGUUUUCCCUGAGUAUAAGAAAGAAGCAGAGGAUCAUCUCUCCAAGUCUGUGAAACUGAAUCCUUCACUUGCAGAUGCUUGGUUAAGCUUAGGUAAUUGCAUUUGGAAGAAAGGUGAUUUAGCUUCAGCAAAGAACUGUUUUACACUUGGCUUAAGGAAGGGUCCAAAUAAAGGACUUCUUUGUCAAUUAUCAAUGCUUGAAAGAAGAAUGGCUCAAGGUGCUGAAGACCAGAUCAAAAUUGUUGAUGACAGCAUUAAGCAUGCAAAAGAAGCCAUCGCUCUAGAUGUCAAGGAUGGAAACUCUUGGUAUAACCUGGGGAAUGCUUGUCUCACAUCUUUCUUUGCCACUGGAGCAUGGGAUCAUGGAAAGCUUCUGCAGUCUUUAAAAGCCUACCAACAUGCUGAAAAAGAUGAAAGAAUGAAGACAAAUCCUGAUCUCUACUACAACUGUGCUAUUGUCAACAAAUAUCUAGAGAACUAUGAGAGAGCCCUGAGUGGAUUUGAAGCUGCUGCACUGAGGGAUCCUGGUCUGAAUGCCAUGGAAGAAGUUCAUAAGAUUGUUCGCCUACUUGACAAAAUAGAGAGUUUGCUACGAGGACAGACCAAGGUUAAACGACUAGCUUCCUUGGCAUCAUCACUCGCUAGUGUCAACUUGAAUCCUUCAUACAGAGGAGAGACGAUAGAUCGUUUGUUGGAAGGUCUCAACAAAGCAGUUGCAAUUGUAGGAAGAGUUGUAUUCUUUGUCAAACACGAGAAUGUGGCGCCAUUUUACUAUUUGCUGUGUGAUUCCAGUCAGAUAUGCUAUGUUCUCUCUGUGUACGGAAUACAGAAUGAGGCUAUUAAAGAAGGAGAUCAACUCACUCUUUUGGACCCUUCUUACCAUUAUGUUGAUUUUUCCUGGAAAGGAAAGUUGUAUCAGUUCAGAUCCGUCCGCAUUGAUUUCUUGGAGCAAUUGCUCGUGAAUGGGAAAACUUUGUCAUCUCAGCAUUCCGUUCAAACAUCAAUCUAUGCUCAAAACAAGACAUGAAAAGAACAAGGUACGAAAGCGGCUUGGUUCUUGUCUAGGCAGUGUAAUACAAUGGAAAAGAAAAUUCCCUGAAGUGGAAGAAGAACGAACUUUGCUUGAAAUAGUGGAAUUGUGUAUAAUCCUGCGGAGAAAAAAUUAUUCAUCUUUGUCCAAACGAAUCUUGUUGAAUCUAAAGCUGUAAAUAGAUCUAGAUAUGGGUGAAAAAUACGUCACAAUUAUUUCUGAUGUCAUGAUUAAUGAUAAAAAAGGGUUUGUUGUAUGUGUACCAAAUUCUAAGUUGUUGAAAUGCAUUCGACUCGUCAAUGCAUGUUUCGGAAACUGCUUUGAUUGGUUGUACAGUUUUUUGUAA